GAAAAAUGUCUGAAAAUCAAGAGGAGCCAUGCACAUCAUCAAGUAAUCCAGCGAAUAAUGGAAAGGAAGAGAAAGAGCAAGGUGGGGAAAACCGUCCUCCAAACAAUUCUGAUAGUGACAGAGUGGUCGUAGGUGUAUUAACAAUGCCACUUAAAAAAAGUCAAUCAUCAUCUAAGACUGAGACUAUGGAGGCUGAUACUACAGGCAUCACCUUAGAGACCACCUCCAAUGAAAACUCUCAAAAUACUGAUGACCAAGAGCAGGCUGGUGAAAAUGAUGAAAGUGGUCAAAAUGAUGAGGCUUCUCAAAAUGCCGACAGUCCCCGAAAUGAUGAGGGUCCUAAAAAUGAUGCUGAAGAAACAUCAAAUGAUGAAAGUAGCACGUCCAGUGAAUCCAGCGACGAUGCUGACAAGAGUCGCGAGAGAGAAGCAUCACCCGAGCAUGAUGACAGUCAGCCAGAAGAUUUGGCCAUAGAAACUUCUGAAUCCGAUUUUCAUGCAUACUGGCGUCGUGCAGAUCAUAUCCAGUUGCCUCCACAACUACCACCAACUGUAGAUGUACGCGUUAAUACAGCCAAUUGUGUUUGAAUACAGCUCGGAGAAAUUCCCGUAUGUUAGAUCGUCGAUGAGCCAGUCGUUUUUAUAAAUAUGAUCUCGUUGUUACAAUCAUCGUUGACGGCAAAAAACGGCUGUAAUAUUUUCGGUAUUUGUCCAAGUUUACGAAGAUUUAAAUUUUUUACGUGAAGUUCAAAUAACAAA